UCUAUUUCUGUUGAGAAGAGGAAAAGUAAUAUAAAAAGGAUUAAGCGAUUGAAUAACAGACAAAAUGUGCCAAAUAAACAGAGAGUAGUAACCAAACAACCAAAGAAGAAAAAUAAGCAGAAUAUUGAGUGUAAUAAUAUUACAAAUCGGGUUGAUUCCAGCAUAUUCUUGUCUGGUACGACAGUUGAAGAAGUGAGUCACUUUGACAAAACAUUGUUCAGAAAUUCCAUUGAAGCAGGUAUUAGUGUAGCGGACAUGUUAAAAAAUGUUAGUAAACCAGAGCAUCAUGACGUUGAUUGCGAGAACAGCAAUGUCGACAAUUUUAUAAACUUGCAGAAGACUGAAGAACACCAUACGACAUGCAGUAAAUGUCAGAAAAAAAUAUAUGCUGAUGAGAGUACUCAAGUUAAAAGUGGUGAUUUUAUUGUGUCAUUCCGUGACUUCAUCAAAACUGAACAAGAUUUAGUCACAAUGUGCAACAUCAAGAGUUUUGCUGUUUUAUAUGAAUUAAUCAAAGCGAUGGACAAAUGUUACCCAAAAAACCGAAAACAUAUAUGUACAACUCGGGAAUGUAUUAUAUUGACCACAGCAAAAUUGAAGCUUGACAUACCUUUCGCUGCUUUGGGUGUGUUUUUCAAUCAUGUCUGUGUUGUUACAAUACGUAAUGUUUUCUGUGAUACUGUCAAAAAAUUAGCUACUAUUUUGCAAUCGGUGCUCACAAGAGUUUUAAAGGAAGAAAUUAUGAAAAAUAUGCCCAAGUGUUUUGAAAAAUAUCAAGCUACAACCUCAGUUUUUGACUGCACAGAAAUUCGAAUUCAGCAGCCCAACUUCAUAGAUCCGUCUACAGCUUUGAUGAUACCGUCUGCAGAAUAA